UAAGUUCACACAUACUAAUGGCGCCACAGUACGCACCUAGUCUACGCUCACGACUCCCUGUCGUUGCCUUACUCUUGGAAACUAUAUUUAUCUUGUUUUUUGCAUUCUACGUGGAAGUUCAACACAUAUUCUCCAUUACAUUUUAUGCAGAGUUCCAGGAUGUCCACGUCAUGGUUUUUAUGGGAUUUGGCUUCUUGUCCACCUUCCUGGUGCGUUACGGCUUCAGCAGUACUGGCUUCAGCUUGCUAGUUGCAGCCUUGGCGGUGCAGUGGGCCAUUGUGUUUCGGGUUCUUCUGCAAUUACCAUAUCCAGGGCGAAUCACCAUAGAAAGGUUGGUCCUUGCAGAAAUGAGUGCAUUCUCAUCACUGAUUUCCAUGGGUGUUGUGAUUGGGAAGACCAAUCCUGUCCAGCUUCUCUUGAUGUCUUUGAUGGAGGUUACUGGGUUCAUUCUAAAUGAGUGGCUAAUUCAGACUUUACUGAAGGUCAAACUAAAACACAUCAUCAUGUACCUCCACAUAUAUGGGGCAUUCUUUGGAAUUAUGACAUCUUGGACACUAUAUCGUAAGGGUAUUGAACCUCGUCAUGAAAAAGAGAAAUCUGAUCGAAAGAUGACAUUAUUCUCCUUCUUUGGGACUCUUUUCCUAUGGAUAUUCUGGCCCAGUUUUAACUCAGCGUAUUUACUGAACAAAGACAUGGAUUUUGCAGUGCCUUUAAAUGUCAUCUGUAGUACAUACCUGGCUAUGGCUGUCUCUGCUGUAACUGCCAUCGCGCUUUCUGUUCUUUUCAACCCUCGAGGGAAACUCAACAUGCGUCAUGUACAGAACUGCAUUCUCGCUGGUGGGGUGGCUGUGGGAGGCACCAUGUCAACGUUUCCUCAACCUUGGGUUGCCAUGGCAGUUGGGUUAUCAGCUGGCAUAAUGUCAACCUUGGGACACCAAUACAUUAAGCCCCUAAUGGAAAUAGUGUUCAAAUGCCACGACACAUGCAGCAUCCUCAGUGUGCAUGGGCUCCCUGGCAUUCUGGGAUGGUUUGUUCGGCUCUUUCUUCAGAUUGCAAACUUUGACAGCACAACAAUUGCAGUGAGGUUUACUGUGUAUCACAUCUUGAUUCUCCUCAUCACACUUGCUUCAAGUCUGACUAUGGGAGUCAUUACAGGUAUCAUCCUAAAAUGGAAGCUUUGGAGACCCCCUCAGGACAGGAAGUGCUUUGAUGACCAGGCCUUCUGGAAAUUUCCCCAUCUGGCAAAACACGAAUGACAAGCUGGAAACAAAGAAAAAUCUUUGAG